CUUGAUUAAAAUGGCGGGAGUGAUUGAGCUUAUAAUAACCAACAAAAACAGCAAACCCAUGUAGAUAUGAUCAAAAGAUGAUGAAAGUAAUUUCUCAAUUGCACAGACACGUCCCUCGCAUCGUCAUCACCAAACCCCAAUUUCAGAUUAGCACUCUGGUUUCGAUACCAACCCAUCAACAGUCGCUACAAAUUCCCAAAAUCGAUCGAACCAUAGAUUCAAUUCACUCCACCUCUCGAAACCCAUUUUUUUCUUACCUGGGUGCCUGCAAAAACGUCUCUGUUAUCAAGCGAAUCCAUGCUUUGCUCAUCGUCCAUGGCCUAACCAGUGACCAUCUCUUCCAAACUAAAUUGGUUAGCUCGUACGGUCAGUUCGGGCACAUCAUUAGUGCCCGUUUGAUAUUCGAUCAAAUACAAAGCCCAGAUUUUUAUGCGUAUAGAGUGAUGAUUAGAUGGUAUUUCAUGAAUGAUUCUUACGCAGAAAUCAUUCGGCUCUAUACCUGUAUGAGAAAAUGCCUGAAUGAGCUUGACAACAUUGUUUUUUCGCAUGUGUUGAAGUCGUGUAUUGAAUUGCGUGAUAUUGAUGAAGGGAGGAAGGUGCAUUGCAUAAUUGUUAAGGUGGGGAACCCGGAUGGUUUUGUGUUGGCAGGCCUUGUAGAUAUGUACGCGAAGUGUAGAAUGGUGGAGUGUUCUCGUGACGCGUUUGAUGAAAUUAUUGAUAAAAAUGUAGUUUCUUGGACUUCGAUGAUUGGUGGAUAUGUGCAGAAUGAUUGUGCAGAGGAGGGGUUGAUUUUGUUUAAUCGGAUGAGAAAUGGUUUAGUUGAAGGUAACCAAUAUACUUUCGGGAGUAUAAUCACAGCUUGUACGAAGUUAAGAGCAUUACAUCAGGGAAAAUGGGUUCAUGGUUAUGUGAUCAAGAACGGAAUUGAUUGUAAUUCAUUCCUGGUUACAAAUCUUGUAGACAUGUAUCUCAAGUGCGGGUCCAUUAGAGAUGCUCGUUCCAUAGUUGAUGAGCUUCAUGCUAUUGAUCUUGUCCCAUGGACGGCAAUGAUUGUUGGGUACACUCAGAGUGGCUAUUCUGAUGAGGCAUUGAAGUUGUUUGUGGACAAGAAAUGGCUAGGUAUUAUGCCCAAUUGUGUUACCUUUGCAAGUGUAUUAUCAGCCUGUGCACAGUCAGGCAAUUUGAAAUUGGGUAUGUCAAUUCAUGGGCUUGGGAUCAAGCUAUGCUUAGAAGAUACUACCGUGACAAAUGCUCUCAUAGACAUGUAUGCAAAGUGCCAUAGGAUUGGAAAUGCUUAUUAUUUGUUUGAUGCAUUAUCAGACAAGGAUGUGAUUGCUUGGAACUCAAUUAUCUCUGGAUAUUCCCAAAAUGGUUCUGCUUAUGAAGCUUUGAAUUUGUUUCAUCAAAUGAGAUCCGAGUAUUUGGUGCCAGAUGCUGUAACAAUUGUAGCUGUCCUCUCAGCUUGUGCUUCCCUUUGUGCUCUUCGAGUUGGUUCUUCUCUUCAUGCUUACUGUAUGAAAGAAGGCCUGUUAUCAUCUAAUAUCUAUGUUGGCACUGCUCUAUUAAACUUAUAUGCCAAAUGUGGCGAUGCUAAAUCUGCGCGUACUGUUUUUGAUGGGAUGGGAGAGAAGAACACGGUCACUUGGAGUGCAAUGAUUGGUGGUUAUGGAAUGCAAGGGGACAGUAAUGGUUCCCUUUCCCUUUUCAAUGAUAUGUUGGAGGAGAAAUUGAAGCCCAAUGAUGUAAUCUUCACAACCAUUUUAUCCGCUUGUAGUCAUACAGGGAUGGUGGGAGAAGGAUGGAGGCAUUUCAAUUUAAUGUGUCAGCAAUUUAAUUUCGUCCCUUCCAUGAAGCAUUAUGCGUGUAUGGUUGAUUUAUUGGCUCGUGCUGGCAGACUUGAGGAAGCCUGGGCUUUUAUUGAGAUGAUGCCGAUUCAGCCAAAUGUUAGCGUGUUUGGAGCCUUCUUGAACGGAUGCAGCCUCUAUUCGAGAUUUGACCUUGGGGAAGUGGCUGCAAAGAAGAUGCUAGAGUUGCAUCCUGAUAAAGCUUGUUACUAUGUGCUUGUGUCGAACUUAUAUGCUUCAGAUAGAAGAUGGAGCCAGGUUAAUCAGGUGAGGGAGUUGAUGAAGGAAAGAGGAUUGAGCAAGUCCGCAGGGUCUAGCCAAGUGGAAAUGGAUGUCGGUACUCACUUUUCUCCUCUACAAGUGGCCUGUCUUGCUUAGUGAUAUGCUUCAUCUUGUAUGCCUUUUGUACAAAUUUGAAACACCUGUAUGGGCCCAAUUUCUGAAGCUUAUCCUCACACGAAUUAUUACAACGAAUUUAAUUGGAAAAUGGAGCUUUCCUCUUGAAACAGCUUAUGCAGUGACAUGCAGAAUUUGGUCUGGGGUGCUUUGAUAUGUCUCAAGUGCAGGAAAAUUGAAGGGUUACAACUAAGAAACCGGUUACAUAGCUUUGAAGAUGAAUUAGGGAAUGAAGAUGGAUGCAGACAGUAGCUUGGAGUUAAAAUUCUCUGUUGAGUUACUUUGCUCCAAUCUCAAGAUGUUAUCUUCUUUGAUAGGACUUUGAAGUUCUCAUGCACAUCUUCAAGCGUGACAAUGAUGAAGAAAUUUGGUUGUCAUCAUUUUACGGAACCGUCUAUUUAUCAUAUACCCUUGCAGAGCUAGAGGAAAUUAUUUAAUGUGAAGGUGUUCAGACAGACAAUCCAUGUGUGUGUGUAUACUUUUUGAAUGAGAAAAUGAAAUCAAGUAGCAGCAGCUUAAUUUUUGUGCAUCCACAUUGUAAACUUUAUUGUAGUAGAGAGCUGCUUUAUAGUUCUUGUUAAUCUUGAGAUUUUUCUUGAUAAAUAAAUGUAAGGUAGAGAGAUUUUUUUUAGC